GCUCUCUUGAACGGCCAUGGCUCGGAUGAAGCCAUGGCCGCAUCCAAAUGGAAACCAACUGCUAGAACCCAACCAAAACCCUGGUACCACCGCGGUCGAUGUGAAAUCUCAAAUCUGCAUGGGAGUCACGUCCCACAGCCACAGGGCGCUGUUAUUGGGAAAGGCUACGAUAAAGCUUGUAAUAAUUGUCAUUUUCUCGUUUCCAUGCACGGUGAUGAGGCACGAGAUGUCGAUGGAAGCAGAAGACGAUGAUUAUAUUGAUGUGCCGGUGGCGAAGCGGCGAGCAAUCGAAGCUCAGAAAAUACUUGAGCGGAAGAGAAAGUCCGCAGGCGAGGAGCUACAGCCGGCCAGAACCAAGAAAAAGAAGGUAAAGGAAUUGUACAAGUUGUCGAAACUUGCUGCUCAAGAAAAGCCUAAGCCCCCUAAACCUCCUAGUCUUGUUGUCAAAGCAUCACAGUUGAAGCACGAUGCUCCGGAGAUCACUCCAGCACAAGAGAUGGUGCAAAAAGAGAGAGAGAUCAUUGAAAGCUUAUCCGAUCGCAAGGCGCUGCUGUCAGUUGGUGAAUUGGCAAAGGGAAUCACUUAUACGGAUCCCAUACCGACGGGCUGGAAGCCUCCAUUGCAUAUAAGGAGGAUGGCGAGGAAGCAAUGUGAUUUGAUUCGAAAGCAAUGGCAUAUUCUAGUUAGUGGUGAAGAUGUUCCGCUGCCUAUUAAGACUUUCAAGGAUAUGAGGUUUCCGAAACCAAUUUUGGAGAAGUUGAAAGCCAAGGGGAUUGUUCAACCGACCCCCAUUCAGGUGCAAGGUCUUCCGGUGAUUUUAUCCGGGCAGGAUAUGAUUGGCAUUGCGUUUACAGGUUCGGGAAAGACCUUGGCUUUUGUUUUGCCGUUGAUCAUGGUGGCAUUGCAGGAGGAGAUGAUGAUGCCAAUUGUUCGGGGUGAAGGCCCUUUCGGAUUGAUUAUUUGCCCGUCCAGGGAGCUAGCCGAGCAGACUUAUCAAGUGGUGGAGGAGUAUUUGGCUCCUAUGAGAGAGGAUGGAUAUCCAGAGAUUAGGCCUUUGCUCUGCAUUGGUGGAGUUGACAUGCGGUCGCAGUUGGAGAUUCUAAGGAAAGGCGUUCAUAUAGUUGUUGCUACUCCGGGGAGGUUGAAGGAUUUGUUGGGGAAGAAGAAGCUGAAUCUCGAUAAUUGUAGACAUUUAACUUUGGAUGAGGCUGAUAGAUUGGUGGAUAUGGGAUUUGAGGAUGAUAUACGAGAAGUUUUCGACCAUUUUAAAGAUCAAAGGCAGACACUCUUGUUUUCAGCCACAAUGCCGGCGAAAAUUCUCAACUUUGCCAAAAGUGCUUUGGUAAAGCCUGUAACCGUAAAUGUGGGAAGAGCCGGAGCUGCAAAUCUUGACGUGAUUCAGGAGGUUGAGUACGUGAAGCAAGAGGUUAAGAUUGUGUACCUUCUUGAGUGUCUGCAAAAGACCCUACCGCCUGUGGUAAUUUUCUGCGAAAACAAGGCAGAUGUGGAUGACAUUCAUGAGUAUCUUUUGUUAAAAGGAGUGGACGCGGUAGCCCUUCAUGCAGGGAAGGGUCAGGAGGAGAGAGAGCAUGCCGUUUCUUCGUUCAAGGCAGGGAAGAAGGAUGUCUUGGUUGCCACUGGGGUUGCCUCAAAGGGUUUGGAUUUUCCGAAUAUUCAACAUGUCAUAAAUUAUGACAUGCCGCCAGAAAUUGAAGAUUAUGUCCACAGGAUUGGACGAACAGGAAGAUGUGGGAAGACUGGAAUUGCAACGACGUUUAUAAACAAGAAUCACAGUGAGACGACACUGCUCGACUUGAAGCACCUCCUGCAAGAGGCAAAGCAAAGGAUUCCACCGGUCUUAGCAGAGCUUAACAAUCCAAUUGGAGACUACGUGGACGUUGCAAUAACAAAUGAAAGCGGGGAUAAGGGCUGCGCUAACUGCGGUAGGCUUGGUCAUCGGAUUGGUGACUGCCCCAAACUAGAGAAUCAGAAAAGAAUGGCCAUUGCCGCCUCUAGAUCAGGGAUGUAUUUUGGGUCUGGUGGUUACAAAGGAGAAAUCUGAUUUGUUUUAGUCAUUCUCGAUCGCAUAUGAUAGUUAUGUAGUCUGUUUCUACUCUGAAUUACGGGAAAAAUAUUGACUUGAUCAUGUUUUUCUUUGUGUAAAUCUUCAAUUACAUGUCUAACCUUCACUUCAUGUA